AUGGGAGGCAACCAAGCUCUCAGCGAUAACAGCGGCGUCGGCCAGCAAGCCGACUUGGCCAUCUCUGUUCGCGCAUCUGACUGGUAUUACACAGUCUGCGCCAUCAUGGGAGCUUCAACAAUAGCAUUCCUGGCCAUGGCGAGUCGUAAGCGCCAAACCCAUCGCCUCUUUCACUACAUCACGGCCAGCAUCACCCUGGUCGCCUGCAUUGCCUAUUUCUCCAUGGGCUCCAAUCUUGGUCAGACGCCCAUUCAAGUUGAGUUUGAGCGCUCCGAUCAUUCAGUGAGCGCCGCCGGCACCCGUGAGAUUUUCUACGUUCGCUACAUCGACUGGUUCAUCACGACUCCGCUCCUGCUCCUCGAUCUCUGCCUCACCGCCGGCCUCCCCUGGCCAACGAUUCUUGUCGUCAUUCUAGCCGACUGGAUCAUGAUUGUAUGCGGUCUCGUUGGCUCCCUUGUCACCUCCUCCUACAAAUGGGGCUACUGGGUCUUUGGCAUGUUUGCCUUCUUCUACGUCGUCUACGCCCUCGUCUUCGACGGCUGCCACCAUGCCAACGCCCUCGGCGGCUCCAUCUCGACCACCUACACCCGCUGCGGUGUCCUCACCAUCUUCCUCUGGUUCCUCUACCCCAUUGCCUGGGGGCUGAGCGAGGGCGGCAACCCAGGCACGGCCAAGCGAAGCGAGGACAGGGUGCACCAUGGAGGUCAUCACGGCAGCCUGGCACCCACGAACGGUUCCUCGGGUAAUGAGCCCCAUGUUUGA